CAUUACGAAGAAUCAGAGACUGAAUUUCGAAAACGGUUAAGCUCACGUGCGGAAAAAGUGGCGACACAUAAAAGUCAAGGUGGUUAUGAAUCAAAAGUCCAUGCAGAAUCAGCCAAUACUUUAUCUCGAAAGAACGGCGAAAAAUUUAAUUUCUUUGAAGAUGAGCAGGUGAAGAAAACAGGCUCUAUUUUUGAAAGAAGAAAGAAUAUGCAAUAUGUGAAGGAAGCACUACCGAGAGCUCGUCUGAACGGCUUUCAUAUAAAAAUGGAAGACGAUUGCCCACAAGGGGGAGACGAUACAAGACUUUCAGUACUUCGUGCUCUAGGUACCCAUAAUUCCCGAACGGUACCCUGUAUAUUAUGUGAGCAGGAAUUGGUUGUUUAUGACCGAUAUCCUCUUAUUGAUGGUACAUUUUUUCUUUCUCCUUUACAACAUUCGAAAGCUGCCAUCAAUAUGAAGUUUGAAUCAAAAACAGGAUAUUUGCAUGCAAUUUGCAUCUCCUGCAUGCAUGCAGAGUGGAAAUGUCCAGGUUGUGGUAGCGGUGCGUGGUUUCUUGGUUCAGCUCUAAUCGUUGGCACACUCUAUACUUACGACGUUUUGUCAAGCACUGCUUGUUGUAUACCUGUUUGUAGGCACUGUCGUGCUCCAUCGUUAAUGUGCAUAUGA